AUGCCAUCCCAAACCAUCACCUUCGCCGCCCUCCUAGCCCUCAGCACCACCAUCUCAGCUCAGGGCUUCACAAUCGGCAACAGCGACAUCAACUGCGACGGCACCUCCCUCCAAGACUACUGCUGCCCCGGCUCCAUCCUCUCCAGCGGCGACUACGGCAACAACAACAACGACGACGUCUCCGGCAUCAUCUGCUGCGUCGGCGAUCCAGACCAGGGGUUCAACAAUAUCGGCGGCGUGACGACUUGUUCGGCGGGCACGGCGACGCUUUUGACGGCGGUUUCGGGGGCUGCGACGGGGGCUGCUACGGCGACGUCUUCACCUGCUUCGAGCACGGAGAGUGGUGUUGCUGCGGAGACGACGUCUUCGGAUGCUGAGAGUAGUGAGGCUGCGACGAGCACUGCUGGGACAACGAGUAGUGCGGGAUCUACGAGCAGUGGUAUGGCGACGAGCACGACUGCAGGUGGAGCUGCGGCGACGACGAGUUCCGCGAGCGUUGCGGCUCAGAGCUCAUCUUCUUCUUCGUCGUCGUCGGCGGGAGCUGCGAAGGCGAUUGUGACUGGUGCCCCGAUUUUGGGUGGUGCUGCGCUGGGGAUGUUGGCUUUGCUUUGA